AUGAACGAUAUUGCGCAUACUGGAAAAUCAUAGGCUUCUGCUUAAGACAUUCAUUCAAAAAUAGAGAGUCAAUUUUUAUAACGGUAUGCACAUUAUUUAAUUGGGGAUGAGUUUGAUUCAUUUCUUACUCCAUCUUUUGUACAUAUGCUACAUAUAUUGGAUUCAAAAAAAGUUAGUUGUGAACAAUUGAUAAAUUAUAAGACAUAAUAAAUUAAUGUAAUUUGCAGUUGUUUUAAUAUAGAAUCAAAAUACAGAGAGUUAAGUAUUUUUUGCAUUAAGGAAUUUCACUUUUAAUUCAUUUUCUUUAAUGUUUGAUCAGAAAUUAGAAAACACUAACGUUUAUACUAAGGAAGAAUAUUUUAGAUCAAUUAGAACUACGUAUAAUUCAAAUAAUAGAGUAGACAAGACUAAGCCAAUCGAAGACAUCAAUUUGUACAUAAUCCAUCUAACUCAUUUAAUUAAGACAAGUAAGAUUAGUAAUAGCACAAUUUCUAUGAGUUAUAUUCAAAUAAAUUAGCUAAAGAUCAAGGAGAAAUACUUUAAGGAGAAAUAGUGAUAUUAGAGACCAGAAUUAAAUAUUCAGCUAAUAAGGCCAAACAAUUAUGUUAUGAGAUUAAAUAGAAAAUAGACAACCUAUUUAAAUCAACUGUAAUCUAAACAUUAAUUUGAAGACUAGGUAACAUCAGAUUAUAAGAUCAGAAUAUAUACCAUAUUUAGAAGAGUAUAAAUAUCCAACAAUUGUGUUAAUAAUAUUAUAUAAUGGAGAUGUCAAUCUAGAUUUCUCUAAAAUUCUCUAGAUGAAUUAAAUAACUAUCAAUAGAAAACAAUUUGCAUUAAAAAUUAAAGUAUACUUUAUAAGUAAGCUCUCCUUAUUCAGUCAUUUUAGAGAAGUAAACAAUUAAUAAAAGACAGAAUGUAUAACAGAUAAGGUAAAUAAUAAUAUAGAUUAAGGUUGUUACUUUCUAUGACAUGAAUAGAGUUAGACAAAGGAGAUAAAAGGUGCUAAAAGAAAUUGAAAUAAUCAAGACAUAAGCCUAAGCGGUAACAAUACAUGAUAAUUUGAUAAGAAUCAAAACAAAAAGAAAAAAGAGUAGUAUUGGAAAUGGAGCAUUACUACUGGAUUUUGUGUGGUUGCUGCAAUCUAUUUAUUGAGUAAAAAAUAAAUAAAUCUCAAAAAGUUUGUCUAAGUUACUUCCAAAAUAGUUUGAUUGUUUUUUAUAUAUUUUAUAUAUAUAUAUAUAUAUUUAUUAGUUAGAAAGUAUAUGUAGAGAUACUUCUAACAAUAGAAUUAGCAGUAUAAAUAAUGAAUAAUUCUCUUAGAUCCUAUUUGAUUCAUUAAAGGAGACUAAGUGAUAUUAAAUAAAGAAAGAGUUCCCUUCCAAAAUUAGAUAAAACAAUUGAUUCUUAUAAAUAAAAUAGAUAUAUAGCUGCCAGAAAAUAAGAGAUUAGUAGAUGGGAAGGAAUUAUGAAAUAAAACAAAAAACUACUACAUAAAUUAAACAAUGUGGAAUCUACUUUUUAAAAAUCUGUAAUUUUAACUAAAAAUAUAUUUGUAUUCAAGAUAAUCCAUUCGUAGUGUAAGUUCUUGUAAUUCGAAAAGAUCAAUAGAAUUAAAAGAAAAUAGAAAAAAAGAAAAUGCUAGAAUGCAAAUUAAAUUAUAAUAAAUGUAAUUAUUGUUUAUUAAUCAAGUACAUCUAGAUUUGAUAAAUCUAAUUGCAAAACUACUCCCAGGGUUGCAAAACCAAUAUCAAAAUAAUCAAAUAAUUAAGAAAAGAGUUUAAAUGUUAAGCCUAUUGGAAAUUACAAAUUCUAAAAUUAGGGAUACAAAAGACAUAAGAGUUUGCAGUAACCAUAGAAGGAGGAAUAAAAAAUAAAAAAUAUUAUUUAAUAAUAUCAAUAAGUUUUGGAUAAAAUACUUCCGCUAAUAAAAUAAUAAAAAAAUAAUAAAUGA